GAAACAGGAAACUCGGCUGAUCAGCGGGACACUUUAACAACAGCGUUGGGAGAAGCAGAGCGCGAGACUGGGCGUUAAAAAAAAGCAUGGCCGUCAAGAGGCGCUCUAAUGAAUUUUGACAUCCUUUUUUAUGCUUUUUAACUUUAGGAACUCCAGCGUUUAAAAAGAAAAAUCGAAUUUUAAGAGGCUGCGCGUGAGUGAAAGAGUUGGGCGUGAAUUGGGAAGGAUCCCUCAUUUGAACCACUUGUGCAUUACAUUUUUGGUACUUUGACGCCUUAUUUCGUUGGGAACCGUUUUAAACGCCUGAAUCAUGGGGUGCACCCUGAGCUCGGGCGACAAGAGCGCCCAAGAGAGGAGUAAAAUUAUAGACAAAAACCUGCGGGAUGAUGGAGAGAAAGCGUCGCGAGAGGUCAAGCUGCUGCUGCUCGGGGCUGGGGAAUCUGGGAAGAGUACAAUUGUCAAACAGAUGAAAAUUAUACAUGAGGCAGGCUACUCAGAGGAGGAGUGCAAACAGUACAGAGCGGUGGUCUACAGUAACACUAUCCAGUCCAUCAUUGCCAUCAUAAGGGCCAUGGGCCGCCUCAAAAUUGACUUUGCAGAUGGUGCCCGGGCUGAUGAUGCAAGGCAGCUGUUUGUUCUGGCUGGCUCUGUGGAUGAGGGAUUCAUGACGGAGGAGCUGGGUGGAAUCAUCCAGCGACUAUGGAAGGAUGCAGGAGUGCAGGCUUGCUUCAGUCGCUCCAGAGAGUACCAGCUGAAUGACUCUGCCUCUUACUACCUGAAUGACUUUGAAAGAAUAUCCAGUGCUUCUUACGUCCCUACUCAGCAAGAUGUCCUGAGGACCAGGGUGAAGACUACUGGUAUUGUGGAGACCCACUUCACUUUCAAAGAUCUUCACUUCAAAAUGUUUGAUGUGGGCGGUCAGAGAUCUGAGAGGAAGAAAUGGAUCCACUGCUUUGAGGGUGUGACCGCCAUUAUCUUCUGUGUGGCUCUCAGCGAUUAUGACCUUGUCCUGGCUGAGGAUGAGGAAAUGAACCGAAUGCAUGAAGCUAUGAAGCUGUUUGACAGCAUCUGCAACAACAAGUGGUUCACAGACACUUCCAUCAUCCUGUUCCUCAACAAAAAGGAUCUGUUUGAGGAUAAGAUCAGGAAAAGCCCGCUUACUAUUUGUUUCCCAGAGUAUGCCGGAUCCAGCACGUAUGAGGAUGCAGCUGCCUAUGUUCAGUGUCAGUUUGAGGACCUGAAUAAGAGGAAGGACACUAAAGAGAUCUACUCCCACUUCACCUGCGCCACUGAUACAAAGAAUGUGCAGUUUGUCUUUGACGCUGUCACUGAUGUCAUCAUCAAAAACAACCUCAAAGACUGUGGGCUCUUCUAAGUUCAGCCAAAACGCUGGUGAGCAGGAACUCUAUUAAAGAACAUUGUCGAGCGGCCUGAUGGGAAAUCUUUGGGAGAGUGAGAGGAGAGUCAACCAUGAACAUGAAUGUUGAAUGCAUUACUUUAACUUUUUAUUUAUGUUUUCUGAAUAUUUUAACAUUUUUAGAAAAAAAACACUUUUUGUAAAAUAUUUGUACAACUGUCAUUGUUGCUGAAUUUUUCAGUUUUUAGGUUUUUUCUUUACAGAUACUUUGUAAAGGAUAUUUUUCACUUAAGGGUUUUUGGGACUUAAUAUUCAUAGCGUUGACAGAACAUAAGUUCAUGUGCAUUGCAUUUUUAUUUGCAGUUAAUAUUGCAGUGCUCAACUAAAUUAAAUAAGAGACACUUGCUAUUUAUCCACAAUGUUAUCAUGAACACAUUUUCACUAGUACAACGUAUAGACUUGGAAUAAAUGAGAAUUUUAAGACCAAACAAUUGCCUGUGAUUGUAGAGCUGAGAAUUUGAAGGGGAUAAAUAAGAACAUUUAGUCUUUGAACUGUACAUCACCACCUUGUGUGCCCAGAAUAUUUUAUUUUGGAUCAUUUAUAUGAGUAAUGUUCUGUGUACAGCCACCAUACAAGGACAACGUGUUCAUGUUUGAUUUGCCUGUGAUUGGAAUGAUGAAAAAACUGUGGUGAGACUCAGAUUGUUAGAUUGCUAAUGAAUUUGGUCCUCUGCACCUGCAACUCAUGAACUGUUUAAUGGAGAACUCUGAAAAAGGGCACGGCAUUUUGCGUGUUUUAAAAAGGGAUGUGAAAAAAGGCAUUUUAUUGAUCAAAGGAAACCCAUUUUUUUAUCUAUAAGAGGGUCCAAAGGCUUUUACUUCUGAAUUCCAGUAACACGUUUCCUUUCCACUAGGUCCAUAUAAUCAAUGUUAUGUAAUGCAUUAUUCAACCACCUAUACAAUGUGAUGUGUGGUGGAAAACCACAGGAAAAGUGCAGAUGUAUUUUUCUGACUAAUAUGUAUGAUCAAUGAAAUGGUUUUAUACUUCACAUCCCUAAAAUGUCAGUUCUCAUUUGAUGGGAACAAAUGUUGACUAAUAUCCAUAUUUAUGCUUAUAAAAAUGCUGUUGAAAUGGCAGCAUCCUGAAAUGUAUUUGUGUCGAGGGAUUUAUUUAUUUUAAUUUGUUUUAACUUGAGAGAAUAAUCAUUUCUAUACAAAAGCUAUAAAUAGUAACGUUCACUAAUAUCAGAUUUUAUCGGUCUAAACCUGUGCCCGAUUGCCCGCUUUAAAGACGUGUUAAUGAAUACUGCUUUUUUUUUUGGUGAAGCUCAAUUUAUACAAUUUGUCAUGAUGUUGAAUACCAGUGUGUGUUUUAGUGUUUAUGGACUGGCCUCAUUCACUUCCAUUGUGAGUAGCCUACCUUACUUUAACCAUGAUUUUUGUUUGUUUUUAAAUAUAAGUGGGAUGAGUAGGAAUGACUUUUUGGUGGAAAUAAACGGUUGCAAAUGCAAAGAAAAAAAAACAGUGGACAACUAUUCACUACAAAAUGAACCUAAAAAAACAAAAGUCAAUCAACAGUGCUGCUUGUGUUUAAUAAA